CUGCAAAAAAAAGGGAAAAAUUAACAAAGAAAUUAAGCGAUGCAGGCUCAUCACCAAGAACACCCACACUAUGAAAUAGGAGGAGAGCAGGAGCAUGAUAAGAAGCCAGUGAUGAAGAAAGUGAAGGAUAAGGUGAAGAAGCCGGUGAUCAAGAUGAAGGAGACUAUCAGCAAGAAGAUGCAUCAUGGACAUGAUGAUGAGCAUAACGAUGAACAUCGCGAGCGCGAGCAUGAUGUCGAGGAUGUUAGCGAAGAGGAGCAAGGGUAUGAAGAGGAUGAAGAGGCGGAGCCGGAUCCUGAGGUUCAUGGCGCGCCCAUGUAUGAGAGCCCUGCGACUAGUCAUUUAAUUGGUGGACAGAAUGAGAAUCUUGGACCAGGAAAGUUUGGCCUGAGAGAGGCGAUGCCUGCGACGGCCAUAGAGGAUCCUGCAGCACCGAAGAACACGGGUGACGAGAGUAGGCUCAUGUAUCCUUCUGCAGAUAAAAACCCAGAAAAGGUCAGUUUGGGGGACAUAAUUGGGACCGUCGAUGAGGAUGCAGCUGCUCCAAAGGGUAAGACAGAAAUUCCAACUUCUGGGGGUGAAGAGAGCCAAGCGAUAGUCUCUUCUCCUACCGCAGGUCGAGACAAGGUGGGAGAAUCCCCUCUCCUAAGCUCCUUCCAAUCCAUGGCCAUUACCGAGAACCCUGAAAUACCCCAGCCCUCUCCCCCAGCCGGCACCCGCGAUCAGUUCUCACCGGAGAAAGAAGACGUCCCUAAGGAAGAAGAAAAACAAACGGAACACAACCAACAAAACCCCCCAACAUACACCGAUAAGCUCUCCUCCGUGGCAACCGCCGCCAAAGACGCCGCCGUCUCUGUCGCCGCCACCUCAACCGAAUAUACCAAGAAGAUCGCAUCCACCGUCCUCGACAAGGCCUCUGGAGCUUCGACUGCUAUGAUGGGCAAAGGAUCCGCCAACGAGACUGAGCCUAAGCCCGAUAAGUGGGUGUCGGUGAAGGAGUAUAUAGUGGGGAAGACGAGGCCUGGGGAGGAGGAUAGGGUGUUGUCCGAGGUUAUAUCGGGUGCGAUGAAGAGCAAGAAGCAAGAAGCCACCCUGGUACCGGAGACAGAAACAGAGGCGAAGGGGUCGGCCGAGGAGAGCGGUGGAGGGGGGAUGGGGAUGGUAGAUAAGAUUAAAGGGGCUGUGAGUUCUUGGAUUGGAGCCGGAAGUGUAGCAGGAGGGAAGCAAGCAUCGACAACAAGUGAGAGCAUGGACCUCAAAGAAAAUGUCAAAGAGGAGUCUAUUGGUAUUUAUUGCAAUCCAACAAAAAUGUUCAAUAUCGUAAGUGGCUUAACAGAUGUACAAAAACAAGCAAUAGUGGAUAUGGGUUUGGGAAGUAUUUUAUAUAUUCCUGAUAUAAGAAUGCGUCGUUGUCAUUGUUAUUGGUUAAUGAUUAAGGUAAAUACAGAAAUAUGUAUAAUCAAAAUAAUAGAUUGUGAGGUGUCACUCUCAGAAAAGGAUGUCCUAGAGAGGCCCAAAUCUUGUCUCACAAAUACAGCACAAGAAGCAAGUCAGGAAGGCGGCGGUUCAGUCGACACGUACGUGUUUGGAAGGGGACAACGUUGUUGUGGAAUUCCGGAUGAGCGUGAAAACGUGGAAGAUGAAGAAAUAGGAGAUCAGGGGCAUGAGAAGAAGCCAGUGAUGCAGAGAAUGAAGGACAAGGUGAAGAAGCCAGUGAUCAAGAUGAAGGAGACUAUUAACAAGAAGAUGCAUCACGGUCAUGACGAUGGGCAUGACGAUGAACAUCGCGAGCAGCGUGAGCGUGAUGCCGAGGAUGUUAAAAGCGACGAAGAGGAGGAAGGGUGUGAUGCAGAGGAGAAGCCCGGCCCUGAGGUUCACGGCGCGCCCGUGUAUGAGAGCCCUGCGACUAGUCAUUUAAUACUUGGUGGACAGAAUGAGAAUCUUGGACCAGGGAAGGUUGACCUGAGAGAGGAGAAGCCUGCGGCGGCGGCGGCCACAGAGGAUCCUCCUGCGGCGCCGACGAGCACGGGUGACGAGAGCAGGCUCACGUAUCCUUCUGCAGAUAAAAGCCCAGAAAAGGCCAGUUUGGGGGGCAUAAUUGGGACCGUCGAUGAGGAUGCAGCAGCUGCUCCGAAGGGCAAGACGGAAAUUCCAACUUCUGGGGGUGAAGAGAGCCAAGCGAUGGCCUCUUCUCCUACCGCAGGUCGAGACAAGGUGGGAGAAUCCCCUCUCCUAAGCUCCUUCCAAUCCAUGGCCAUUACCGAGAACCCUGAAUACCCCAGCCCCCCAGCCGACACCCGCGAUCAGUUCUCACCAGAGAAAGAAGACGACCCUAAAGAAGAAGAAAAACCCCAACAAAACCCCCCAACAUACACCGAAAAGCUCUCCUCCGUGGCAACCGCCGCCAAAGACGCCGCCGUCUCUGUCGCCGCCACCUCAACCGAAUAUACCAAGAAGAUCGCGUCCACCGUCCUCGACAAGGCCUCUGGAGCUUCGACUGCGAUGAUGGGUAAAGGAUCCGCCAACGAGACUGAGCCUAACCCCGAUAAGGGGGUGUCGGUGAAGGAGUAUAUAGUUGGGAAGACGAGGCCUGGGGAGGAGGAUAGGGUGUUGUCUGAGGUUAUAUCGGGUGCGAUGCAGAGCGAGAAGCAAGAAGCCAACCUGGUACCGGAGACAGAAACAGAGGUGGGUGCGAUGCAGAGCAAGAAGCAAGAAGCCACCCUGGUACCGGAGACAGAAACAGAGGCGAAGGGGUCGGCCGAGGAGAAG